AUGUUUUCUCUUUCUUUCUUCUUCUUGAAAUAUUUUCUCUUUCUUUCUUUCUUCUUGAAAUGUUUUCUCUUUCUUUCUUUCUUCUUGAAAUGGAUUAAAGAAAGCCUGAGUAAUCUGCUGUCCCCAGCUACACGUAACUACUUGAAAACAAUGAAAAAAGAUAAAGGCAGCCCAAAUCAAGAAGAUGAAAAAGAUCAGAUCAAGCUAAAAUACAGCCUUGAGUCUUUGUUCCCCGGCAAGCCUGAAAUCGGUGUCAGCAUCCUUCCUUUAAACAUCCAUCUACUCUGUCAUAACAGCCGAGCCCAACCGAUUGCUCUGACUUUCUUGCUGUUUUUUCUCCUGAUUUUCUUUUCAUAUUUUUCUUCUGUCUUUAAAAUCUGGCGAGAAAUUAUCUAUCUAUCUAUCUAUCUAAUGGGAGGGCUUGGAAGAAAGUCCCAAUCUAUCUAUCUAUCUAUCUAUCUAUCUAUCUAUCUAUCUAUCUAUCUAUCUAUUAUGGUCCAGGUCCUUGUACCACGGUCCCAUGACACUAUCUAUCUAUCUAUCUAUCUAUCUAUCUAUCUAUCUAUCUAUCUAUCUAUCUAUGUCUAUAUCUAUUUAACUAUAACGAUUCCGAAUCUAACCUCUGCUUCUAUCUAUCUAUCUAUCUAUCUAUCUAUCUAUCUAUCUAUCUAUCUAUCUAUCUGUUUAUUUAAGUGUUUCUCUUUAUCUAUCUAUCUAUCUAUCUAUCUAUCUAUCUAUCUAUCUAUCUGUUUAUUUAUCUGUUUCUCUUUCUCAGUCUAUCUAUCUAUCUAUCUAUCUAUCUAUCUAUCUAUCUAUCUAUCUAUCUAUCUAUCUAUCUGCUACACGUAA